AAAAUCCGGGCUCAUAACGUGACUGUUCCCACGUAAAUCGACCCGCUGAUGUAAAACCGUCAAGCACAAGUUUGUAUAAAUCUGUAUAAAAUGCAUUUCUUUGAAACUAGCGUCUUUCUAUAAAAUGGAAGAGAGCGACGGAGAACUUUCCGGGCGCCCACUGAAGUCUUUAAACACCAGAAUAGCAGCUCCAGUUGAAUUUAUAAAUCACACUGGUAGAACAAUCAAUCUAAAAUGGUUCGAUUACGAUGGGAAAGAAGUUCCAUUUGCAACUCUUGAAAGCAGUAAUUGCCUUGAAGUAAACACCUACGUGACUCAUCCUUGGAUUGCAAUAGAUGAACAAACUAAUGAGACAAUGCUGCUGAACUUAAGAAAAACUUAUUUUCCCGAUCAACCUGUCAUACGCCAUGUAGACUACGAAGGCCGAAGAUUUUACGCAGUCAGGAGUCGAAUUCAUAUCACAACUCCAGUGUACAGACUUGAGGAGUAUUGUAUAAAGUUCUUAAGGAAGACUGUUCUGUCUCAACACAUCAGUAGACUACCGCUUCCACAACCAAUCCUUGAGGAAAUUUCACAGACAGUUACAUGAUCACCAGCUGGGAAUUUUAUGCCUCAAGUGUCACUUUUAUGUAUAAUGCUUUAAGCACAGGUGGCACUUUGUAGCUGAUAGUAUAAUGUACUUCUUAUAGUAAUUAACAAUAGACCAUUUUACAGUUGUUUGCUCAGUGACCUGGCCUUUGUAUGGCAGCGAAGCUGCACAUAGUUAGCAU